AUGAAGUGCGACAAGUUGAAGGCCUUAAAUUUGGGAAACAAUAAUUUCACUAAUAGCAUUCCAGCAUCCAUUGGAUCUUUGACUCUUCUUAAGUCUUUGCACUUAUACUACAACAAAUUCUUUGGGAACUUAACAUCGUCUGUGAGAAAUUGUGAAAAGUUGGUGACAAUUGAUGUUGCUGAAAAUGAGUUUUCUGGAAGCAUACCUUCAUGGAUAGGACAUAGAUGUUCAAGCUUGAUGAUUCUCAGUCUUUGCACAAAUAAUUUCCAUGGUCACAUUCCGGAAGAACUUUGUGCUCUAACUUCACUCCAAAUCUUAGACCUUUCUCAUAACAAGCUAUUUGGACAUAUACCUAGAUGUGUUAAAAAUUUGAGUGCCAUGGCCACAAAAAAUAAUUCAAAUCACCAAAUGAAUUUUAAUUUGUCAACAUAUUUUUAUGGUGAAGCUGUCCCACUUGAAAGUGCAUUGCUUGUGAUAAUGGGGAAAAUUCGUGAGUAUAGCACCAUUCUUCAAUUGGUAAAAAGUAUAGACUUUUCCAUGAAUAGUAUAUCGGGAGAGAUCCCCAAAGAAGUCACUAGUCUCCAAGGAUUACAGUCAUUGAAUUUGUCAUAUAAUCUCUUGAUUGGAAGUAUUCCGGAGAAUGUAGGUUUUAUGGGAUCACUAGAAUCUAUUGAUUUCUCUGUGAACCAACUUUCAGGUCAAAUUCCCUUAAGCAUAUCAAGUUUGACAUUUUUAAAUCAUCUAAACUUGUCAUACAAAAAUUUGAUUGGAAAAAUCCCUUUAAUCACUCAACUACAGAGCCUCAAUGCAUCUAGUUUUUUUGGAAACAAGCUUUGUGGACUACCACUUACUGAUAAUUGUUCUAAAAAUGGUGGAAAACCCAACAAUGAAAACAAAGGGAGUAAAUACACCGGUGGUGUUGAAGUGGAUUGGUUCUAUGUGAGUAUGGCACUUGGUUUUGUGAUUGGGUUUUGGAUUGUAGUCCAUACCAAUCCAUCAGUCAAGGUUUUUGACAAUCAUUGCACAGUUUAA